AGUGCUUUCUAAUUUUUAUAAAAUCAAAUUUUUCGAAGUUUUUUGAGUUUUUAGUUUUUUCAUUUUUUUGCUUUAAUUUCUUAUAAUAUUUAAGUUUUUCAUUGAUCAAAUAAAUGUGUCCAUGUUACCAGAGGUUUUGAUGCUUAACUUUAAUUGUGAUGCAUUCUUUUGCUGACGCUCUGGUUUCCGCUGCAUUUCGCAAAUACGACGAAAUUCUUUCCAAGCAUUGUUCGGCACGACUGGCCGCGAACGAGUGGACGAAUUUCGCUGCCCUGGUGGCUACAAUUCGCCAUGAAGGUCCUCCUUCCGCAGUGUCAAACGACGGGAAACGUGAUCUUCCAACAGACCGGGCCCUUUGUCCUUCGACUCACGACCGUGAGGAGAUAAGAAUCCUUAGUGUGGCAACAGGCACAAAAUGUAUUGGAGAAGACGCAAUGUCCCCUCGUGGGGAUGUUAUUAAUGAUAGCCAUGCGGAAAUAUUGGCUCGGCGGGCCUUUCUGAGAUUCGUGUACGACGAACUUUCCGAUGCCAUCAGUCAGAAGAGCAACUUGAUAGAGUAUUGUUCGACCAAUAGCGUUCCAUUCCAAGUGAAGCCAGAAGUGGCGUUCCACCUUGUUUCCAGCCAUACUCCAUGUGGAGAUGCAUCGAUUCUUCCCUUCCAUGAGGGUGAACCUUCUGGAAAACGCAAACGAAAGACACCGGACGACACCGAAAAGUUAAUGCCAGAUAAACACCAGAAAACAGCCGAAACGGGUGAUGCAGAUAUUCACAGAACCGGUGCGAAAUGUGUUCCUCAAAGUGCAGUAUGCGAUCCUUGUUUGCCGGGAGUGGAUUAUCACGUUCGAGGUUUACUUCGCAGAAAGCCUGGUCGAGGUACACCGACGUUGUCAUUGUCCUGCUCGGACAAGAUAAUGAAGUGGAAUGCACUGGGCCUUCAAGGUGCUUUGCUCAGUUGCUUCAUCCAGCCUCUUCAUUUGUCAUCGAUCAUUUUCGCUAAGUGCCCGUUUGAACAAAACUGUGUCGAAGAAAGUCUGGUGGGAAGAGCAGAAAACAUACCUACAAGGAAGCAGGAUCUUCGCAUAAUUCAAUCAAAAAUCAUAUUUCCUGAAGGAAAAUAUGCUGCUGAUGUGAAGAGUCUGCCACAAUUUAAACCAGCACCUAAAAGCUUUGUUUGGUGGGAGUCUCACGGCACAGGCAGUGCUUGUUUUGAGGUACUUGUCGACGGCCGCAAACAAGGAGCAACGAAAUCUUCAGCGUUCGCAGCUCGAUCUGCGUUGUGCAAACUGGAGUUGUUGCGAUGUUUUCACAAGCUAUACGCGAAAGUACCAAAGAGACUCCCCUCUCUGCCGAGCAGUAACUCUAAUACGCAUAAGAUUUGGAGAUAUGACGAAACAAAAGACCUCAACACAAAUUACCAAAGUGCAAGAAGUCUGUUUUUUGGACAGUUUCCCGAAUGGAUUAAGAAACCUGACCAUCUCCAGCGAUUUUGUUUAGAAUGAGUUGUUACAUGGUUCUACUACUGUGUACCGUGAAGUGGGAACGUUGGUUGUGCACUGAAAUUCCAAUCGCUUCAAAGUGCAAAACCGAUGUCUGCUCAAGUUAAAAGCAUAGAAUUUUAUAAUGAAUAAUAUUGAAUGAU